AUGCUGAAAGACCGGGAGCUGCUGCUUUCCCUCAGUCGCUGCAGUGAAGAUGAGAACAUGGUCCCAGUGCUGAGCUCCAGGAAGGCUUCAGAGCUCCAGGUCCACGAGGUCUGCUCCUUGCUCCAGGCUGAUCUACAGGGGGGCCUGUCCCAUGAGGAGGUGACCCGCAGGAGGCGCUAUCACGGCUGGAAUGAGUUUGACAUCACUGAGGAAGAGCCGCUAUGGAGGAAGUACAUCUCCCAGUUCAAAGACCCCCUGAUCCUUCUCCUCUUGGCCUCGGCUCUGGUCUCUGUGUUGAUGCAUCAGUAUGACGACGCCUUCAGCAUCACCGUGGCCAUUACGAUUGUAGUGACGGUGGCCUUCGUACAGGAGUACCGCUCAGAGAAGUCUCUGCAGGAGCUCAACAAAUUAGUGCCUCCUGAAUGUCACUGUGUCAGAGAUGGCGCUCUGGAGCAGCGUUUGGCUCGUGACCUGGUUCCUGGAGACACCGUGUGUCUUUCGGUCGGAGAGAGAGUCCCGGCCGACCUGCGGCUGGUGGAGGCCUCAGACCUGUCUGUGGAUGAGUCCAGUCUGACCGGAGAGACCUCGCCCUGCUCCAAAAGCUCCGCCCCCUCGGUUUCCAACGGCGACAUGUCGUCAAGACAGAACAUCGCCUUCAUGGGGACGCUGGUGCGCUGCGGCAAAGCUAAGGGCAUUGUGAUCGGGACGGGAGAGAACUCUGAGUUUGGAGAAGUGUUUAAGAUGAUGCAGGCGGAGGAGGCCCCGAAGACCCCGCUGCAGAAGAGCAUGGACCUCCUGGGGAAGCAGCUGUCGCUCUACUCCUUUGGGAUCAUAGGGGUGAUCAUGUUGGUGGGAUGGCUGCAGGGGAAGAGGAUCAUGGACAUGUUCACCAUUGGCGUCAGUCUGGCCGUGGCUGCCAUCCCAGAGGGCCUCCCCAUCGUGGUCACGGUAACACUGGCUCUGGGCGUCAUGAGGAUGGUGAAGAAGAGGGCCAUCGUGAAGAAGCUUCCGAUAGUGGAGACUCUGAGCUGCUGUAACGUCAUCUGCUCUGAUAAAACCGGGACACUGACGACAAACGAGAUGACGGUGACUCAGAUCUACACCUCAGACGGACUCCACGCUGAGGUGUCUGGAGUGGGGUACUCGGGGAUGGGGGAGGUGGUCCUGGAAGGAAGAGUCAUCCACGGCUUCUCUGCUCCAUCAGUCGCCAAAAUAGUGGAGGUGGGCUGUGUGUGUAACGACUCUGUGAUCAGGAACCACACUCUCCUCGGUCGACCCACAGAGGGCGCUCUGAUCGCACUGGCCAUGAAGAUGGGGCUGGAGUCUCUGCAGCAGGAGUUUGUUCGUCUGGAGGAGGUUCCAUUUUCCUCUGAGCAGAAGUGGAUGGCAGUGCGCUGUGUCCACCGCACUCAGCAGGACAGGCCGGGGGUGUUCUAUGUGAAAGGGGCGUUCGAGCAGGUGAUCCGCUUCUGCAGCUCGUACCAGAGCAGAGGAGUCGCACUGCCGCUCACUCACCAGCAGAGGGAGCUGUACCAGCAACACAUCAGCUACAUGGGCUCAGCCGGACUCAGAGUGCUAGCCUUCGCCUCGGGCCCAUCCCUCUCCUCCCUCUCCUUCCUGGGGUUGGUGGGGAUGCUGGACCCUCCUCGCUCUGGGGUCAAAGACGCCGUGUCCACACUGAUCCAGUCUGGGGUCGCUGUGAAGAUGAUCACCGGGGACUCCCAGGAGACCGCGGUGGCUAUAGCGGGCCGGCUCGGGCUGUACUCCAAAGGGGCUCGGUCUCUGUCUGGAGAGGAGCUGGACUCUCUGGACCUCCUGCAGCUCUCACAGGUCGUCCCUCAGAUCGCAGUGUUCUACAGAGCCAGCCCCAGACACAAGCUGAAGAUCGUCAAGUCUCUGCAGAGGAUUGGAGCUGUGGUGGCGAUGACAGGAGAUGGUGUGAAUGAUGCCGUGGCUCUGAAAGCUGCAGACAUCGGUGUGGCCAUGGGCCGCAGCGGCACCGACGUGUGUAAGGAGGCGGCGGACAUGAUCCUGGUGGACGACGACUUCCAGACCAUUCUAUCUGCGAUAGAAGAAGGCAAAGGAAUCUACAACAACAUCAAGAACUUUGUGUGUUUCCAGCUGAGCACAUCGAUAGCUGCUCUGACCCUCAUCUCGUUAGCGACCCUCAUGAAUUUCCCGAAUCCCCUGAACGCGAUGCAGAUCCUGUGGAUCAACAUCAUCAUGGACGGACCCCCAGCACAGAGUUUGGGGGUGGAGCCAGUGGACCCUGAUGUCAUCAGGAAGCCUCCUCGUAACAUCAAUGACAGCAUCCUCACUCGCAGCCUCCUGGUGAAGGUCCUGGUGUCUGCUCUGAUCAUCGUGUGUGGGACUCUGUUUGUGUUCUGGAGAGAGCUGCAGGAUAAUGUGAUCACUCCACGGGACACGACCAUGACCUUCACCUGCUUUGUGUUCUUCGACAUGUUCAACGCCCUCAGCUCCCGCUCCCAGACGCGGCUGGUCCAUGAGCUGGGUCUCCUCAGUAACCCCGUCUUCUGUGUGGCGGUGCUGGCCUCCAUCAUGGGUCAGCUGCUGGUCAUCUACUCCCCGCCCCUGCAGAGGGUGUUCCAGACCGAGAGCCUGAGCCUCGCUGACCUCCUGUUCCUGGCCGCUCUGACCUCGUCCGUCUGUGUGGUGUCUGAGUUCAUGAAGAAGAUGGAACAGUGGAGGAGGAGGGAGAGAGCGCCCCCUGCCAGGAACUUCCAUGAGGUAUGA